GUCGGCCAUUCAAGUUGCGAAGCCUGCUGGUGCCACACUAGCACUAAUCUUUCACCGAAUCCUCCGUACCUGAAGCACUCUACACAUCCGACGAUGCGACUCCGGCUCAGUGUCCUGCUCCUACUGCUCCACCUGGGCUGCCUGGCUCUGGCGCUCACCAGCACCAGGCUCUCCUGCGGCGACGGCUUGGACAGCUCCACCGGCAUAUGCAGCGACCGACGCUGGGACCUCCAGCACCGGAGCCCCGACGAGUACGAUGAGCGUCUGGUCUACAGACAGGUCCCUCAGAUCUCCGAUCGCCGUGGUGGCGAGAAGCGCGAGGAGACGAGGGUCAGGUUGGACUCCAUUUCCCGAGAAGGCAUCCGCGAUGCCCGUGAGGAGCGAGUUGACACCCGUGAAGCUCGUCGGGAGCGAGAGGAACCCCGAGAAGAGCGAGUUGAACUACGAGAAGCUCGUCAGGAGCGGGAAGAACGCCGUGAAGAGCGAGUUGAAUCCAGAGGAGCUCGUCAGGAGCGCGAAGAACGGAGAGAAGAGCGAGUUGAACCACGCGAAGCUCGUCAGGAGCGAGGAGAACGCCAUGAACGCCGCGAAGAGCGAGCUGAACGCCGUGAAGAGCGAGUAGAUCGACGGGAAGAGCGAGUUGAACGGCGUGAUGCUCGUCAGGAACGCUUGGAGCGUCGUGAUGCUCGGGAAGAUCGGGAAACUGAUCGUAUGGAGCGCCUUGAAAGUCGUGAAGCCCGUCGGCAACAAGUUGAGCCCCGUGAGGCACGAGACCAGCGAGUAGAACGCAGCAUCGAGCGACGUGUAGAACGGGAGGAGCGAGUACAGCCCCGAGAGUCUCGUGAAGAGCGGUCAGAGCGACGUGUUGAAGAAGAGAAUCGCCGAAAUGUUCGAGUGGAACAGGACAGGGCCAUGCGACGUCAGGAAAUCCGCCGAGAAGACGAGCGACGUGAAUCCCGACGAUUGGAAAGGGAUGCUCGCCGAGUUGAGGACCGCCAGGACCGUCGUGAAGAACGCGAUGUGGCGAGGGACUCUGCCCAACAAGAGCGAGAGGACCGCCAAGCCUCGCGACGAAUGGAGCGCGAACCAGAUCUGGAAAACCGUCGCCGUGAAGAGCGUGUGGACCUAUCCAGAAGGGAACCAGUCGAUGAGCGUCGCAUGGACCAUCGCAGGGAGGAGCGCCGCAGCGAGCGAGUUGAGACAAGGCGUCAGGACGACCGCCGUGUGGAGUCUGUCGAGAGUGAUAUGUCAAGGCGUCAGGACCAACGAGAAUCAGAGCGAGUUGUUCGUGGUGUAGAACGCGAUGAUUCCCGAAGGGUGGAGACUGAACGACAGCAGUCUCGAAGCGAUUCCGACAGAGUUGAGAGGGCAGAACGGCGAGAGGAGCGACAGGCUCAGGAUCGGCGAGAUGAUCUCAUCAGAGAGACUCGGGAAGUUCAGCGAAGAGAAGAACAAGAAGCUCAGAGGCGAGAGGAACGAGAAGGUUCCCGUCGGGAGGAGCGAGAAGUUGAACGGGAGGUCCUGCGUCGUCAGGAGCGUCGAGAGGAGCGACGAGAGGAGCGAGAUGCUGAGCGACGAGAAGAACGAGAAGAUGAGCGACGGGAAGAGCGAGAGGCUGAGCGACAAGAGGAACGAGUUGCCGACUCCUUCCGUGUCCUUCCCAGCAAGGACUCGUUGAGCUAUGGCAAGCGAGAGCUGCUGGUGACUGGCCAGAUCCUGCUCCUGGCGGCGCUCUACAAGAAAUCCACCGCCAACGGCAAGGGCCUGGGUGCCCAGAUCCAGGGCUACCUGCAGGCUAUUGGCUGCUAAGCGGAAGCAGGACGAGUCCCUAAAAAGGAGUGAGGAGCAGGAGCGAACCCCCAAACGAGAAACCAGAAACUAGAUGGAAUCGAAGACAACGAACGAAAUCGAAACGGAAAAUGCAAACGGACCCGAUAGCGAGCACAGGAUAGGGGACAGGAUGUGUGGGAGGCACAAUUUAAUCCAACUGUUACUGUAACUAAACUGUUAGCCAGCACAAGCAUAAAGGAAAUAUAUGAGCGGUGCCCGAGUAGUCGGAGCAUCUGCAUCUGCAUUGCA